AAGAUGCAAACAAGAGAAGAACUUUCUGGACAAGAAAACAGUCCCUUGCACAUGGAGAGAGGAAUUCCAAAUGAGACCAGGAAUUCCAGGAUGACCACUGAGUCAGAUGGCUCCCUACAAGUUCCUAUUCCAUGUGCUGUCCUCAGUGUCGUCAUUAUUGUUGCUUUGGUCAUGACAAUAAUUGCUUUGUCAGUGGGCCAAUACAACUGUCCUGGAAAAUACGGCAGUGAAAAUAUAUCUCCAUUGAUGACUUCGAUGUCCUCGGAUCUUCCUGUUUCCUCGUGCCCAGAUUCCUGGAUUGGAUACCAAGGGAAAUGUUACAUCUUUUCCAACACUACAGGGAGCUGGUCCACCAGUCAAAAUGCCUGCUCUUCCCAUGAUUCAACUCUUGCUCAGAUUGACUCUAAGGAAGACCUGAUUUUUCUUAAACGAUAUGCGGGUAAUGUUGAGCACUGGAUUGGACUGAGAAACGAAACAGGCCACACAUGGCAAUGGACAAAUGGCAAAGAAUUCAAUAGCUGGUUCAACCUCACAGGAUCAGGAAACUGUGCAUACCUCAGAAAUACUGAGGUCAGCAGUGUCAAAUGCCAGAAAGAGCUACACUGGAUCUGCAGCAAAACCAUCAAACCCUGAUAGUGCAUGCUGGUGGAUGUCACUGAAACUCAAUGAA